AUGCGAGCAGAAGCUAUAUCUACAGUUGUGUUCAUCAUCGCCGGAAUUUUACCAACAUGCAUCGAUCUUUCUUUCGGAGGACCGGUUCCAAACGGAAACAGUGAUAAUCAGUCUCCGUGUUUUCUAAUUGACAAGGAAGGCAAUCUACAGAACAGAAGUUUGGCUGACACUGUAGCCCAUGUCAGCCGUGAGGUGGAAGGUGCCAGAAUUGGAAUCUCAAUGGCCAAGCAAAUGCUGAAGUCACAGUCGAUUUUACUUUCGAAGCAAGUCGGGAAAAUACGUAGAAAUGUCACAGGACUGGCUUUCCAAACCGGAAGUAACAGAUUUAAUAUAUCAAAUUCAAAGAUCACAAAUUUUCUGCAACAAGACUAUCAACAUGUCAACGACAUCAACGAGAUGUUUGAGAAUAUCCUCAUGAACGGACUUAGCAAAAUUCACAGUGCAGCUUCAUCUAAAAUCUCCGACAUACACAUCCGGUUACUGAGUCUCCAGUGUGAUAUAAAAGUAGGAUUACUCGGGGUAGGUCGAACUGUGCCAGAUGUGAAAGAAGCGCAUUUUGACAGUAGUAACAUCCUUCAGAGUUGUGAUAGUGAAAGUGCUUGCCUUUUAAAAUCUUAUGCAGUGUUAAAUGAUAUUGACAUUUACAUGGUUAAUAUGGAACAGUUUUAUGGUAACUUGGUUAUUUCAAUGCAAAAUAAAAUUGAAACAGCAUUAAAUGAAAGUAAUUCUACAAAUAAGUAACCAAAAUAAUAUUGGCGCAUUGUCACGAUUAUUUAAGACCAACUGACCUGUAGUCAACGGUAGCUAAACAUAACCAAUUGACUGAUCAAAGGGUGAAUAUGAGAUAUGUUUAUCACUGUUUUAUCAAGUGACUUUAAGUUUGUGUUCUGUAAUCUCCACUUGAGUUUUAUCACGUUCACUUUACAAACGUUGUGUCAU